GCCAGACCCGCGGUCGAGGAAGUUCCCCUUCACAGCAGCAGCUCCAUCCGCGCUCGACAGCGUUCGGCCUAUCAGAGAGGCCGCGAUGGGCAAGCACGGCUUCUUCGGAGGUGCCUUCAAGGGCCUGGACGCAUUUGGCAAGACAUUGGAGGAUGUCAAGAUCAAGACAGGCUUUGGCGGCAUACUCACGCUUGUGUCGUUCACGCUCAUCGCCGCGCUUACUUUGAUGGAAUUUGUCGACUACCGGAGGGUACAUCUGCACCCUUCGAUCGUAGUAGACAAGUCUAGAGGCGAGAAGCUCGUCGUACAUCUCAACAUCACCUUUCCGAGGGUGCCUUGCUACCUGCUGAGCGUCGACAUCAUGGACAUCUCUGGCGAGCAUCAGAACGACAUACAUCACGACAUUUUGAAGAACCGAUUGGACAAAAGUGGCGCACUUGUCCAAGCGACUAGAGAUUCCACGCUCAAAGGGGAGCUAGAGCGAGCUGUCGGGGUCAAGCGCGAGCCUGGCUACUGUGGAUCAUGCUACGGGGGCGCGCCAGGCGACUCUGGCUGUUGCAAUACGUGCGACGAAGUCAGAGAGUCGUACGUCCGAAGAGGCUGGAGCUUCGUCAAUCCAGACGGCAUAGAUCAGUGUGUCCGGGAGGGAUUCUCGGAGAAGAUCAAGGAACAAAGCGAGGAAGGCUGUAAUGUGGCAGGCCAGGUCAAGGUGAACAAAGUCAUCGGCAACUUUCACCUUUCGCCCGGCAAAUCGUUCCAGUCGAACAUGCACCACGUUCACGAUCUGGUACCUUAUCUCGCAGCUGGUCAGCAGCACGAUUUCGGACACAUCAUCAAUCGCUUCUCCUUCGCUGCAGAGGGCGACGAUGGCUUCAACCGCGAGACUGCAAGACUCAAGCAAAGCUUGAAUAUCGAGGAUCCAUUGACGGGCGUUCGCGCGCAUACUGAGCAAUCGAACUACAUGUUCCAGUACUUUGUCAAGGUGGUCUCGACAAAAUUCAAGACACUAGACGGCAGAACGCUGAGCAGCCAUCAGUACUCCGUCACUCAGUACGAACGGGAUCUCAGCAAAGGCAACAAGCCAGGCAAGGACGAAGACGGGCACCAGACAAGUCACGGGUACGCAGGCGUGCCCGGGCUUUUCUUCAACUACGAGAUCAGCCCGAUGCUCGUCGUGCAUCGAGAAGAGCGACAAAGCUUUGCGCAUUUCAUUACAUCGACUUGCGCCAUCGUCGGCGGCAUCCUCACUGUUGCAGGUCUGAUCGACACGCUCGUCUAUUCAAGUCAGACGAGGCUUCAGGCGGGUGGCAAGUCCAAAGAGGGCCUUGGCUUUGCUUCUGCAUCCGGACGAUGGCUGUGAUAUGUUGCAUCUGCCUGUUUGUACGCUUUCAGAUUCGCGAGAACGCUUCG